GUUGGAAGCUCUGCAAAGCAUGGAACGUGCAGCUCGACUUCCCGCCCGGCGGUGCCCAGCCGGUGCAACAUCUGCAAUUCAGCGGCAGCAUCGCGGCCAUUUUGAGGGCCAGAAAGUUUGUGAUGGGAACCCUACCAGUGUGUCUUCAAUUCGAACAAUCCCCAGUAACCUCGGCGCUGAACUACACGGCUAUUGAAGCCUGCCACGCUGUCCAGCACAUCAAGCCAAGUCGAGAACUCGGCCAGGGCGGCGAGCAGGUGACAACUCUGGUCUGGUCGGCCCUCAGCUCGUCGUGCCUCGAGGAGCAGAUGCUUUUCAAGGCUCAUCCAGAAAAGGCCCAUAUUGAUGAGGGACGGAAGAGCAAUCCGCAUACGGAGAAGCCGCGCUGGGGAGUGCUGCUGAAAUCGCCGCUAAUCUGGUCGCUGGCCGCCUGCUCGUUGUGUCAUAACUUCAUUACCGUUGGCACCGUCACCUAUUUGCCGCUCUACUACCGUACAGUGCUGAAUAUGAGCUUGACCUCGAACGGAAUCUUCUCAGCAUUGCCGUUUGUUGCGCAGUUUUUCUCGAAGGUAGCUUUCGCCUCCUUCGCCGACGAGGCCAAGAAGCGCAAAUGGAUGAGCAUCACCGCAGCCACAAAAAUUUGCAAUUCCAUGGCCUCAUUCGGCAUCGGCUUCUGCUUCCUGGGUCUCUGCUUUUUCGACUGCCAACUUCGAGGUUGGGCCAUCGCCGCGGUUUUUGGGGCCAUGAUUUUCGUGAGCGGCUACGUGCCCGGGUACAAUACAAGCGUGGUUUGCGUGGCCCCCUCGCAGACGGCGGCCAUCGCGUCGUUUACGCGGUUCUGGGGCCAGUGGAAACACGUCUUUGCCACCAUCGUCUUUCUCUGCUUCUCAUCCGGCAUUUUCUUCCAGAUCGUCGGCUCGGCCUCGAUUCAGGACUGGGACACUUCCGCCCAGUGCACCGAGAUGAAGCUCAUCGAGGCCAAGCCGGAACCGGAAAAGAUAGUUCUGCUCUACCUGGGCCUCGCACUCAUCUGCGCGCACGUCCACUGCUUCGUAUAUCGGCUUAAGGCGAUCGAAGCCGUCUAUAUCGACGUACCAUUCGAAAACAUCUGGAGUCAGCUGGCUAUCCUACACGGACUGAUCGUUAUCCCGUUGCUUGCCGUGCUCUUUGACGUGCUUCGGUUUUCCUCAAUUGAGCAGGACGUGCUGGGAGCCCUUCCCCUACCCCUCCCCAUCGUGUCCUUCGUCGCUCUCGCCGGCCUACUCGGCUUCUACCUGUUGCUCACCAUGCUCGUGCUCUAUAAGCUCACCCGAGCCCUGGCCGACCCAAAAAUGAUCGACCACAAAUUCUUCUCCCACCAUCGGCGGGCCAUCAUUGAGUUGUUGCUCAUGUUCUUCUACCCUGUGCUCCUCGCCACCGCCCUCACCAACUUUCACCAUGUUUACCCUGUUUUUGCCUUCUCCACCCUGCAAUGCUGGGUGUUCAUCUACUCGGCGCUGCUCUCGCUUUCGGUCCCCUUCAUUCACAAAGCUUAUCGGAAGAAGAUCUUCGCCUUCGCAAUGAUGCCUGUUUAUCACUUCUUUCCAGAGUUGCAAAGGCGCCGCCGCUCAGCCAUCCAAGAGAUGCUCCGGCAGACGAUGGUCAACAUGAGGCCGAUGGUGCAGCUCAGCUCCGGCCCUGAAAUUUCCCAUGCAGCCAUCGAACGCGUGAAACGAUUCGACAAGGGCAACAAAAUCCAUAGCGAAACGACCAGUGUUGUUUGU